GCGCUGUGGAAAAGCACCUACACACAGUACAGUGUGUGUGUGUGUUUUCGGUCAGUCAGUUGUGGAUGGCAGAUUUUCUCAAUCACGCUGCUGGGCGAGUGUGUUUGGUGACGGUGGCUAAACGAACAGCACGAGCUUCCCAUAGAGGUUGUCACCCUUUAAGUUGAAGGGAAAAACAGCCCAGCUAGGGGGCAGUGGAAAAUCACCGUUUUCCAUCACUAUCACGGCUUCCUGCGUGUGCUUAUGCCUUCUGCUCUGUAGGGAAAAUGGUGAACCGUCAGUUUUCAAUCGUUGUUCCACGUUUUGUGAGAGAAGCAAACGGCAUCACUAAUUAGGGCAUCCCCGUUUUUGUGUGUGUGGCUGUGUUGCUGUAUGUCAGUGGUGUUUGGUGCGUGGAAACCCCGAAGGAAAAAACCGCACCUCAUUAGAAUGUUGUUAAUUUCGUCAAACCAAAAACCAAAAACCAAAAAACGGCAAAAGAAAUCGAAAACAAACGGCGUCGUUUGCUGAUGAUGAUGGUGCGGUGUGUCGUGUCGCGCCUGUCAAUUGUUUUUUGUAGUGGCAUCCCCGUCGGAUCCAUAGUAAUUUCAUUCAUCGUGCGAAGGGGUACCGGGCAGGGUCAGGUGAAAGGUGUGACGGAAGCAAGCGAAAGAGUGAGAGAGCGCGAGGGAAAAAAGUGAAGUGACGCGCUUAAUGCGUGUGCGAUUGUAGUACGGCUUUCCCUCCCGGGUUUUACGGCUCGGGGAGGCAAAAUCUUCGGUAAUUAGUAUCGAUUACAGGUGCAGUGAAAGUACACACUCCUCUUCCCGCCCGUUUUCCUUCUUUUUGUGAAUUAGCGGAAAAAUUAUCAAAUCUGUGAGAUUUAAACAUCGAAAGCGGAGAAAAAGGGAAAAUGUGUACUUGAGUGAAGGUGCUAGUCCUGGUGACCCCCAGGGGGUAGGCAGCCCCCAAGAUGUUGCCGCUCAACGCUCGGGCCACAACACGAUGACGGCUGAUGACGACUGAUGACGGGGUGGCGUAUGUAAUUUGUGGAGAAAUUGUGGAAGGCGGAGCGCCCCAAAUGGUGUAGUUAAUUCGCCGUCGUAUGAGUGUGUGUGUGUGUGCGGUGGUGGUUGGAGGGAGGCUCGCGAAAGUCAAUUUUGAUUUGUUUGAACCACGCGGGGAGCGGCCACCACAACAGGAGCGAUUAUUAGCCAACGAUAGACACUGCGGGGAGAAUCGAAUUAGAUUUACGUGGUGAGAGAGAGAGAGAGGUGUGUGUGUGCGUGUUCAUGUGCGGGGGGAGGGUGUAGGGGUUUUAAACUGAGCAAAGCAAAAGAGCGUUAGCGAGAAACAACGGAAGCAAACAUGUUUAGCUGUCUUUGGCAAUUAUGGGAUUGGAUUGAUCCACCCACGUUCACGACGAUGGAGAGCAAAAAGCUGCAGCAGCUGCAGCAGGCCAACUCACACCUGGCGCCGAUGCCGCAGAUGAAGCCACCGCAGCAGGGCGGUGGCGGCUACCAGCACGGGUACGAUUACGGCGCCACCGGACCGGCACCGGGCCGAUCGGCCAUGUAUCCCGCCCAGUACCAGAGCUACGGCCAGCCGCACCCGUCGGCGUCGUCGCUCCGGUCCCCCUACUCGACCGGCAGUCCCAAAUCUUCGCUCAGCACCAACAGCGGCGCACUGUACGGCGCCACGGACGGGGCUGAUCUCUCGUCGGCCAGCGGGGCGGCCCAAUCCGGGUAUCACCUGCACCCGGCGCACCAUCAACAGCAGCAACAACAACAACAACAACAGCAGGGUUUGCUGCACGCCCAGCAUCAACAGUAUCGCAGCAACACGCUCGGGCCCGGCGGCAGCGGCGGCGGUAGCUAUGGAUACGAUCAACAACAGCAACAUCAGCUGUACCGCGUUAGCUCCCCAUCGAGCGGUAGUGGUGGAGAGCGGGAGCGGCUGUACCAGACCGCUCCGCUGGUACGGUCUGUUGGCGGUGGCGGCCCGGGUAGCAGUGGCGUCGGCACGCCCCACUCGGUGACCUCGGGCUCGACGGCCCACAACGCACCCAUGUCCAAGCUGGAGCUGCAGUUCCAGCAGCUGCAGCGCGAGAAGAUCCAGCAGCAGAUCAAAACGGCCACGGAAGCGAUCGCGCACCAGCAGCAAACGUUCGCACUGCGGCAGCAGCUCAACCCGCCCGUACCGAACUACCAUCUGAAGCAGAACCUGCUCCAGAAUCUGUCCCAGCAUCAUCAGCAGCAGAUUCAGCAGCAGCAGCAGCACCAUCAGCAGCAGCAACAACAGCAGCAGCAACAACAGCAACAGCUGCAGGUACACAAACAUCCACAAUAUCCUUCACAAGCGCAGCAGCAGCAGAAGCAGUUAGCUCAGCAGCAGAAGCAACAGCAAAUGCAAAAACAGCAACAACAGCAAAUGCAACACGCAAUGAAGCAUCAGCAGCAACAGCAACAACAACAACAACGAUAUGCAGCGAACGGCGGCGGCGGUGGUUCACAGCAUCGAAACGCGCCGCCAUCGAGCUUGAAUCUGCAGAACCACUGCCAGCCGGCGGCCAGCGAAACCGACAAGAUGAUGCGCUCCCACGUGCCAUCGUAUCAGGGCACGCUGGAUUCCGUUGCCGCAGGAGGUGCCGGUGGUGCGUACGGAGAGGAAGGAGAAUCGCUGUACCUGCAGCGAGCCGGCUAUCAGCAGCAUGCAGGGAUGGCCAACUCGCCGCCCGGCGGUGCCGCUAGCGAAAUCAUCAUUCAGCAGAACAUUCCCGGGCAGGUGGUGAACCAAGCCUGCCAGACGCAGAUCAGCUCGAUGGUGCUGGCGGGCAGUAGUAACGCAGCCGGGCAGCAGCAGCAGCAGCAGAUGAAAUCCUCCCCCUCGGACACGCUGUCCAGCCCGUCGCACGAUUCGAGCGAGCGGAAGCGCAGCGCGGGAGGCCAGCAGCAUACGCUCAAAUCGCCCGUCACGCGGCGACCCGCCAACGCGCCCGUUGCGCUGGCCGGCUGGCUGUACAAGCAGGGCUCGGACGGGCUGAAGGUGUGGCGCCGGCGGUGGUUCGUCCUGUCCGAGUACGUGCUGUACUACUACAAGGGGCAGGAGGAGGAGAAGCUGCUCGGCACGGUGCUGCUGCCGUCGUACAAGGUGUCCGCCUGCUUCCCCGAGGACAAGAUCUAUCGCAAGUUUGCGUUCAAGUGCGAGCACGCCAACAUGCGCACGUUCGUGUUUGCGGCAGAGAGCGGUGAAUCGAUGAGCCAGUGGGUGAGGGCGCUGACACUGGCCACGAUGAUGAUACAGCCGGCGGGGGCGGAACAGGAGGAAAGUCUCUCCCAGCCGCAGCAGCAGCAGUACAGCAGUGGCAAAGCGGGCGGUACUGGGACGGAGCUGCUGUCGAGUGAUUCGAGCGGCGGGCCUCAGUCGCACGGGUCAAACGAUACGAUGAAACUGAUCCAGCAAGCGAGUGGGAAUGGCAGUAGCAGCAGCAGUGGUGGUGGUGGAGGAAUGUCUGCACUCAACGAUAGCAUCUCCCUGCCGCAACCGCUGUACGCCAAUGCUCCACCGAAGCCGAGACGCGUCAACGAUGGCGGCUACUCUUCGCCCAGCCCCGAACAUACGAUGCUGCACGAUCGGUACGAUCAAAUGGUGCAGCAGCAGCAGAUGCUGGCCACCGGGGGACAAUUCCCCCCGGGUGCAGUGGGGGGCGGUUCCGGCCCGCCGAAUGGAGGCAUGGUACUCGGCAGCAGUCGAACGCCAGCCGCACUAACGGCCCAUGCGAUUUACGGCGAUCCGAAGCGAAUCGAACGCGACCUGUACAUUCAGAAGCUGAUCGAGCAGCAGCAGCAGCAGCAGAAAUUGAACGCUUCCAAGCAGCAACAACAACAGCAACAGCAGGGAAUGCAGUCCUCUCCCAUGCACGGUGGUGGGGUACUGCGUAGCGGUGGCGGUACCGGAACGAAUCCCUUCCUGUACCCGAGCAACGAUCGCCGGACGCCGGACACGUACGGGCCGCCCAAUUCAGCGAUCGAUCCCAAGCACAUGUCCGACUAUGAGGACAUCUACAACCUAACGAUGCUGUCCAAGUCGCUGCCGGCGAACGCGAUGGAAGCAGCGGCGGGAGCAGGGGGUGUGGCAGCCGGCGGGACAACCUACAAACGGCCGUCCAGCCCGCUGCGCUACGAAGGCAAUGGAGCGUUUCCGGCAUACAUGGGCGCCGCAAUGUACAAUGCCGGCCAAUUCGAGCAUCAGUCACCGGGAGCUGCUGGUCAACAUCCCCAGCACGCCCAGAUGCGUGCACGACCCAUUCCACCGAGCAUUCCGCGGCCACAUUCUGCAGACUUUCUGGACUACGAAGCGCGCCAUCCAAUGAACCAAGCAGCCGGCGGUGUGACCGAUGAGCCAAGCCCUGUCCAUCGCACCCCACGGCCCAAAUCGAGCCUAGACAUCAACCGAACGCCCGAUCACUACUACUAUUCCGAGGCCAGCUAUGCCGAGAAGAUGCGCCUGCAAAGCGCUUCCUACCUGCAGCGAACAAAUAACCCGGGAGCUGGGGCGUCGCGCAAACAACGAUCCGAUGAUAUGCAAGGAUUGUUUGCCAGCGGUACGAUGCCCCGGGAUGGACUAUACCGGAGCGGCAGUGGUAAAAUCAUGCAGCUGCAAGCAUCUGGCCAACAGGGUGAAGAUUAUCCGCACGGUGGCUCGCAAAGUAUGCCCCGGCCGUCCGCUACCGACCAUCGGACCGGUGGCACCGGUCAGGGUCGUCCCACCGUCAGCAGCUUAAAGAAGCAGGGCACCGCCCAGCAGCAGCAGGAACAGUUUGCCCGGUCGGCAAGCGCCCGGUUGCCCCGCAAGGAGGAAGAUUCGUCGCUGCGAGACGGCGAACGCAAGCGGGAAGAAUCCAUGAAGCGACUGCUCGAGUGGAAGCAGCGCAUGCUGCAAUCGCCGCUGACGAAGAAAAUCGCCAGCCAGCACGCGGCAACGAUGGCAUCGGCCGAAUCGCUCAAUCGUGGCUCCAAUGCUAGCGUUGGUGGUGGUGGUGCCGAUCGACGCAACGAGGACAUCUACGGUCUGAAGGCGGACGCUGAGGCGCUACUGCGCGGGGACUACUACGCAUCGAGCUACGAACGCCAGUCGGUGGGUGAUCUGACGGCCCUAGGCUCGGUGACGGCCGCCAGAAAGCAUGGGGGCAGUGCGGUCAACAUUGCGCAAGCGUCCUCGUCGGCGUUCGGCAGCCAGAUGAAGCUGAACGGUGACUACAACAGCUACUCGUCGGACGAUGAAGCCUCGAUAUCGGUGCGGAAUGUGUUCAACCUUCCGAAGGUCGCUCUAACGGUCAAGCCGGACCCAUCCGAUCCCGCCUACCUGCAGGCAGUGGCCAAGGGAGCGGGAACGCCCGGAAGCAGCUACUACGAGGGCAUGAUGAUGGGCGCUGCUGCCGCUGACUUUUACGCCAGCGACAAGUACAUUCGGCCCGACAUAAGCUUCGAGUCGACGCACGACCUGUACACCCAGGCCCAGCUGCAGCGUGCCCAGGAGCUGAACCUCCAGCAGCACUAUCAGCUGCAAAACAUCGAUCGAAGCUUGGCAACGAUGCAGGACCAGCAGCAGCUGCCGCAGGACGCUUCCCCGCAAUCGCCAAUGGCUGGUAGACCCGAUGGGCCGGCGCACUGGUCGGCGACCUCCACUACGGCAGGUGGUGCUGCUGGCAACGAGCCGGGUGGAUAUAUGAACGGUCGUAUGAACAGGGAGGCCUCCAGUGAACGAUUAGAUGCGAAGCCCUUGGAUGUGUCUGCUGGUGAUCUUCUAAACCGGACGCACGAAGAGUUGAUACUACUGUUGAUUCAGUUGCGACGACAGAACAGUCAAACAGCGCGAUCGAUCGAACAGUGCUGCACGAACAUUCAUGAAUUACAGAACCUUAUCCGCACCGCUGAGGGAAAUCGGAAGGCGGACAGUUUAGCCCGCCUGGAUGCACUAAAGCAACAACUAACGGAGCUGGAAAAGCAAUACGAAAAGGAGAAACCCUUGAUCAAUCUGGUCGACAACAUGGUCAAGCUGGGCAGUCUGUACCGUGGACCGGUCGGUGGGAAGAAGCAACUCCAAUCGCCCGAAUCGGCCACGCUCGAUCGCUUGGAAUUCAAUCAGCGCAUGCAGGAGCGCCGUUUGCUGCAGGAAGAGCAGCGUCAGUGGGAUCGUACCAGCCCGAACCACGUGGAGCUACAGUCGAAGGUGCAACAGCUAUACCAGAUCGAUAAACUAAUGCAGGAAGAAUCCGGCACACUGCAAGCGCUGCAGCGUGAUAAGGAAAAUUUGGAGAAAGCGCUCGCGACACUGAAGACGCACGUAUUGAAUCGGGAAGGUGGAAAUAUGCCAAUGGCGAUGGAUACCGCCCGGCAGCAGCAGCAUACGCUGGAGCGUGAGCUGACAAGGGUGCAUCAGUUGCUGGCAGCUAAUUCGAAGAAACUGGAGAAGACAGUCUCAACGAACGCUCGGCUGGAGCAGGAGCUGCUGGUACUGCGCCAGAAGCUGCAAGCUUCCCGUGAGCAUCGUUCGAUGCAUUCGGUGUUUGAUUCAGCCUCCCCGAUGGAUAACCAGUACAUGCCCGGUUCGGUGACUGCAGUGCUCGAGUCGGAACUGAAGCGCGCGAAAUUGCUGGUCGGUGACAUGCAACGCCAGCGCCAGGAGCUCGGUCAAGCCGUGCGUCAGCUGACCUCCUACAGCGAUAAUCACGAGGCGCAAAUGAUGGAUCGCCUGCAGGCCGAUGAGCAACAGCACAUGGCGCUUUCGCAGGAACAACAGCGCGACCAGCAGCAGCAGCAACAAUCGGCUAGCGCAAAGCACAAGCGUAGCUAUUCUUCGUCCUGGGUAGAGACGGAUCUCGAUUCGUUGGCGGGCAAAGAAUCAUCCGUCUCGUCCGCCAGCAACCAUCGCGCCCUAUCGUCCUCAGCAUCGAGCGUGCUGACGAUCGAUGACGAAAUGCAAAGCCUGUUUCUUCCGAGCAGCCGCGCUAAGGAGCCCAUCGAAGGUGCGGAAUCGUUGGACGAUCUGUACUCGGCCGGGGGACCUUUGUACAACUACGGUGCCGGCGGUAUGCUGAAUCCAGCCGAUAAGCAGGAAAUUAAAACGGUUCGCAUUGUGAAGCGCGAAUCCGAGCGACGGAUGCGGGACAAGGAAAAGAACGAUCGCAAUCUGGCCCUCAGCCUCGAUCAGGUGCUGGAAGAGGAGGCACAGUUGAUGGAAGAUUACCAGCGCUCCAAAUCGCUGCCCAGAGGGUACGAAACGCAUGAGCUGUUUGUGCAGGGCCACGAAUCGGGCAGUGAUGGUGUUACCGGCUCACUCGACGGAAACAAGCUGAUGAGCGAUUAUUACAGCAGCGUCGUCGCUUCGACGAACGGAAACAGCUACCCUGUUUCGCUGAUCGAUCGCCAGGCCGAUCUUUACACGGGUAACUUUGACGGUGGGUUGCAAUCGAAGUACCUUAGCAACGAUGGCAGUCGAGUGUCGGGCGUUGGGAGCGUUUCGUCGUACCAGUCUAGCUAUCUCGGCAGCGUCGGAAGCACCGGCAGCACGACCGGUAUGUCCACCAGCUCGCUGAGCGGUCUGAAACGCAAGACGGAAUCGAUACAAAGCCUCACGCAUGCCGAUGCGGAGCUGGAUCCCGUGUUCCAGAGUGAGGCGGCGAAGCAGAUCAUCAACGAAAUGGCAACGGGCGGGAACAUGACCGUUGGCGAGAACAGCGGUGACUCGUCGGGAAGUGGCGAGACGAAAGCGACCUCGAGCAUGAAAGACGACCAGCAGUACCAGCAGCAGCAACGCCAGCAAGCGCAGCAAAAUCGACAGCGCCGAGCCGUUCCGAAGGAUAAGCGUCGACAUCACACGGCGCCCCAUCACGUCAAUGCAAAGUCCAUCGAGUUGAUGCACAGCGAAAAUGAUAUGAACAAAAAUAAUGUCAACUGGAGAGCGCGUGAUGACGUCGACCUGGAGGUCACGAUACGGCCCCGCUCGAACGCACCGGACGUGGUACGGUCCGCCCUUGGGCCGCGGGAAAAAAUCUCCGAACACACCAUCGACAAGCUGUUGGCCGCACCGAGCAAGAUCCUCAUCCCCGAACGCUACGUACCUGAGCAGACGCCGGAACUGUCGCCGGAGGAGAAGCGGCGCCGGCAGGAGAAGGUGGAAGCGAUCAAGAAAAUGCUCUCCGACACACCGAUUGGCGGCGGUGCCGGUGGUAGUAAUGAGGCCGGUGGGCUGAAUCCAGUGCCGAACGCGGAAAAGAAACAGCGUGAACAUCUCAUCCAGCUCAAUCAAAUCCUCGCCCAGCAAGUGAUGCAAAUGAGCAAAAUUGUCGCAGAGGAUAAACCGGCGAGCUAUGAUGGUGCACGCGAUAUGCGCAAAGAAGACUCGUCGGCCGUACUGCCCUCCAAGAUAAAACGCAAAUGUAACGCACAGUUUAGUACUGCGGCAAACGCAUCGGGAAGCAGCAAACCGAACGACGACAGAGAUCACUAUGAAUCGGACCUGGAAGACUACGAUACGGACUCGCCGGCGGAACCACUUCCGCUGUAUCAGCAGCGUGAAAACUAUUUUACCUAAAUGUAGAGAGUGUCGGCGCUCGUUGACUUCCGUCCCCGUGUCUUAUCGUGUGGCAUUGUGAAGAAUGGUUUAGAAAUUGAAUUCAGGCUGACCUAGAAGAAAGCCUCCAAAACGUGAAAUUCGAAAAUCGAAGAAAUCAAUUGUGACACUGACUAUCUUACUGUGCACAUGUUGCACCAACGACGUGCAUUCGUGCAUUGCUGCAAGAAUUGCAUUACUUUAGGUAGGACUAAUCUAAUACCCCAUAUCUCCACAUACUAUGCAAUUUAACUGCCAUUGAUUUGAAAACACACGCAACUCUAUCGAUCUAUUCUGGGAAGCUAUUCUUAUAAGAUUUUUUGUUCCUUAUUGGAGGCGCAUCAAUAUGUGUCUUUCACCCGCCAAUUAACGCGCGAUUGCAAUAUUAAAGGCAUCGAUGUUGAAUGGCAUUCCAGUGCAAAACAUAAUUUUACAAGUCAGUAUGGGUCUUAGUUAAUAGUUCAGAGAUCGAUAAAAUAUCGCCCACAGGUAAUAUAAAAGUAUCAUAGCCACAUGAAUAUCGUUGAGCUUUCACAGGUUUCCUAUCCGAGCAGGAGAAAACUAAGACUUCUGCGUAGUGCGGCACAGUUGCAAGGCAAGUUUAAGAUGUCGGAUUUUGUUUAGUAGUUAUUUUGGAAACGGUUUUUUUAUAAUACAAAGCACGAGACCAAUUGUUUUACAGUGAUCCACCCCAAGCAAAUCAUUUGCAUUCUCCACUGCCAGGGCCAGGAUUAAAGAAGACAAGCUUUGGAGUGGUUGUGUUUUGGAGGGCGUGGGCUACAUCAAUGACAUACGUCUAAUUUUAAAAUCAAGUUACUCUUUCAGCAGUGCAACCGUUACUUGAACAGGGUGCGGCUUUUUUAUCCAUCUUUGAAUUUAGUUCUUCAACUAUUCUUGCAUAUGUAGAACUCAUCCUUCUCACUAGUGACGAUGUCAACGAACGGACGAUUUAUAUGUCAGCUGUAGGGAGGUUUUAGUACGAUUAAGUCUCGAUAUUACACGAACAGAUAAGGCAGCCGUAACAAAUUUAGUGAAUAGGAUCUAUACAAGAACUGUUGUUGUACAUAUGAAAGUUAGACCUAUUCAAUGCGAAUAUUUAAAUAAGACUAAAUAUAAUAUAUACCUUGUAUCCAAUGCAGCAAGUCGCGUCCUACGCACCUACAGAGCUUUUUUGGUCGGUACUGCUGCUACUGCUGCUAACCACAUUUAAGAGCCCGCCACAUAAAGUAGCAUAAAACAGGGCACUAAAUCCUAUGCAUUAAUGAUCAAUAGUAUAGCAUGCAUUACCGCACUUAUCCACAUCCAUAUCCAUAUCAACCAACCAUCGAAGAAGGGGUCGACGUGCGUGCUAGAAGCUUUGAAGCUUUGCAACAUGUCGGUGCGUCGAAUCAAACUGCAUACUCAUCAUAUCAUACACGCAAUCAUAUGCGAAGAAAUCAUCGAUCGAGCGGGUUUUUGAGGAUCAUGAGGAUGGUCUCUCGCCACACAAUUGCUCAAUAAAAUUACUAGUAAAAAAACAAGACAAGAUGUGACACCAAGCGCGCGCGGUCAAUUAUAAGAUGCACUGUGUUGCAUCGUGCUUGCUCUGUUUGUGUUGGUGACAAGCAAACCGUUACCUACCGCAAGAAUAUGUAUAUUGCAAAUGCUAAUGAAGUUAAACGCUGCAACAGAACGAAAUGUACCCAACUACACAAUCCCUUUUUCGACGGAACUGAAAGCUGCACAACUCCCUCCUUACUAAGACGUCAGCUACAAGGGUCGUAAAUUACAUACUUUUCAAGUUAAACUAAGGGUGCAAGACAAAACAAAACAAUAACUAUUAACUACAAUCUGUCUGUGAAUUUACAGAAUGGAGCUUUUGACAGUUAAUAAGACUUAUUCCAAAUUAUAAAGCAAACAAUGCUAUAGUAGAUGUUAUAGUUCUCGAACAUACAAGUAUACUAUCGCACCCGUAAGCAUGCACAUUUCACGAUGUUACUGGGGACAAACAAAGGAGCUAAGGAAUGCAUUUGGACAACAGUCAUCAACCAACAUCACAAAACCGGUCCGUUGUGAUGCCCAUUAAGUUAGAAACAAUUCCACACACCCGUGCAACCACGAAUAUAGCAUACCAUACACUCAAUUAUUUGCUCAGUCAAUUUUUAAACAAUUAGCGGAAAGCGACAGAUUUGUGGGGAAGAUGAGAAAGAAAGAAGCGAGAAAAAGACAUUAAAAUUACCAGUAUUCAAUUAUCGACGACAAUUAAUACCUUGCCCAUGCCACCUCGAGGAAACCUUUUACGAAAAAGGUGAUUAAUCUUGCUUGGAGCGUUUUUUUAUUUAUUAUAAUUCUAUUUGUUAAAAAAGUAAACAAAACCCUUCUUCUAUUCCGAUGUGGUAAAUCUGCUGCCAUAAGACUUAAGUGUGUAAAGGAAUUUAAAUUAUAGUAAACAUUUAUUUCAGUGUUGUUUUUUAUAUGCAUCAAUAGUGAAAAAAAGACGUUAAUCUAGCAGCGACAGAAAUAAUUCAUUUCGUUACAAACGUAAAGGAAGCAAUGGGAGCAAAGUAUAGUAGGGCAAGAGUAUAAUACCUUUUUACUAGCAAAUAAUCCGGUCGCAAAGUAGUACAAUUUUAAAACAAAAAUUAUAAACACGAUACGCCAUAUAUGAAGAAGCGAGAAAGAGAGGUUGUAAGAGCGAUAGAAAGAGAGAGAGAGAGAAAAUUGAAAUAUUUUGGCUAGGACAGCGGCAUUUGUUUAUUUGUUUUUAUUUUUUUCUGUUAGUUUUAAUAUGCGCAAGAUUGAGUUAAAGUGGGCGAGUUACAUUUAUUUAUUGAAAAGUGAAGGACGUGCUUUGUGUGAUCUUAAAAAUGUGAAACCGUUACGUUGACCAUUCCUUCUCGUUGUGCGUGCCUGUGCGUUGCGCAACUGCCAUAUUAGCGAAAGCGUGUACCAUAAACAGCAUGUUAUGUAUUUUGUAAAACACACAAAGAUUAAUACACAGCAAAACCCCCAGAAUAAAUGCAUCCGUCUUACAAUUUACCUCAAUUAGCUCCUCUGGUACGAGAUGGGUAAUGAUGUAGUGGAUUUGGAUAAGCCAGAAAAUCUAAGUACAAUUUAUCUUCGGUUCGUUUACCAUUAUGCUGCACGCGGCGCUUUGUUGCUCAUUCAAAUUAGAAAAUAAAUCACAACGCAGUAGAAAACCUAGUAUACAAUUUUGUUUUUUGUGUUUAUUAUUGUUUCGUUAUUUAAGGAAAAACGAUACUUUCCAUCUUGUUUUGAGCUAUUUGUUUUAAGGUAAACAUAGUCAGUAGUUCACAUUCAGUUGAAAUCACCAUCACCAGAACCAACAGCAAGCAUAAAUAUGAUUUACCAUAAGAAAAAAGAAAUACAUUCACAAAUACCAUGCUAAACAUUGCAUAGGAAAAUUAUACAUAAAUAUGCGUAUGCACAGUAAAAUCAUUAGUAGCGAGAUUGCAUUUCAUGUAGAGCUGUAGCGCAAGCAAAAAAAAAAUUAUCGGUAAAACCGAUUGAAGAAUUGCGGCGCUUACCGUACAAUUAUUCUACCGCAACCGACACAAACUAAACGAAACAGCUUCAAUUAUGCUGAACAAUAAUAGUAAUAAUAACACUAACUGUACUUAUAAUAACAUAAUGAAAACAACAACACAGACAAAUUGGCGGGACAAAUACUAUAUACGAAAGCAUGUUGGACACAGGAAACUCUACAAUUGAAAUAAGCAUAAGUACCUUAAGCUGUUAAAUUAUUAUUAUUACUAUCAUCAGUAUCGAUACAUAAAUUAUCAUUGUUAACGGAUGAGCCAAUUGUACAAUACCCCCCAUCAAUAUCGCAAUAGCGGAUAUAGACAAAAUAAACCAUGUGUUAGUAGA